AUGGACUUUGUGGCCUUCCUGCCUGAGCUCCAAGCAGAGGCCAGUUGCCCCGUCUGCCUGGAUUACCUGACAGACCCAGUGACCAUUGAGUAUGGGCACAACUUCUGUCGCUCCUGCAUCCACCAGCGUUGGGAAGAUCUACAGGACAUCUUCCCCUGUCCUGUCUGCCUCCACCACUGCCCUGACAGGGACUUCAGGAGGAACACCCAGCUAUGUCACAUGACUGAUACUGUGAAGCAGAUUCCCACCACAGGGAGCCAGAGGAAACUGCAGGAAGAAAAACCCCUGUGUGAGCAGCACAAAGAGGAUCUGAUCCUGUUCUGUGAGAAGGACCUGGAGCUGUUGUGUCCCCAGUGCAAGGUCGGGUCUGACCACCCAGAUCGUCCCCUGAAACCAAUUGCGGAAGCUGCAGCUAGUCACAGAAGAAAGCUCAAAAGCUACAUUGAGCCCCUGAUGAUGGAUGUUGAAGAUGCUGAACUGGGUCAUGAGAAGCAAGUUGCAAUAGUUUUGAAAGCAAAGAGAAAGAUAGAAAAUUGGAAGAAAGAAUUGCAUGAUGAAUCUAAAGAACUUAAGUAUUCCUUGGAAGUAGAGUACAAUGAAAUUAAUGCCAGCCUACUUACAGAAGAGAAGGAUAUUAAAGAAACACUAACUGAAAAUGGAAGGCAAAUUUCAAACUAUAUGUUCACACUAAAAAAUCUGUUAAAUGAAAGAGCAAAGAAGUGUUUGCAGACAGACCUGGAUUUACUCACAGGUAUUGAAAGUACCCACAACAAGUAUGAGAACCUAGAGACCCCAGCAGUCUUCUCCUAUGAAUUAAAGAGGGCGAGUUUCACCCUCCCCCCACAUUAUUUUGGCCUGCAUAAAAUGAUGAGCACAUUUCAGGUAGACGUGACACUGGAUCCUGAAACUGCCCAUCCGAGUCUCAUUAUCCUAACAGAUAGAAAAAGUGUGACAUAUAGGACAGCAGAUGGUCUUCAUGAUCCCCAGGCACUUACUCCUUACCUAGCUGUCCUGAGUUCUGAGGGAUUUGAUUCUGGCAGGCAUUUUUGGCAGGUAGAAAUACGAGGAUCAGGUGAGUGAUUCCUAGGUGUGUGUAAAGAAUCUUUCUCCCAAAACACUCUCAUAGCACCAUCUCCAAGCAAUGGAUGCCGGCAACAUCAGCUUUGCACUAUUACGUACAGCCCGUUGGGUAUAGGGCUACUGCAGAUUGGCCUUUUUCUGGACUAUGAGUUGGGAGAGGUUUCAUUUUAUAAUUUAAAAAAUAGUUCAAAUUUGUGUAGAUUCACUGCUCAAUUUACAGAAAAACAAUUGUGCCUUCUGUUGUGUAAAUUCUUCAAGAUCUCUUCAAAUCUGUAUCAUGAGAGAUAA